UCGAGGAAAGUCCAUCUAUUGGCGUUGCACGUUUUGCCUUGAUUGUUUCCAUAAUUUGAUUUGACAGAAGACACAGAGACCGCUACCAGGCUCGAAUACAGAGGAGUCACCAUUGAUCUCCACCUGGUCCAUAACCUAUCGCAUCCAAACAGCCCUCAAGGUCAAAUUAAAGAAUGGAUGAACACUCACAAAAACAAAAAAACGUUGCUAUCCAUUGGUUCAGGAAUGGACUUCGUAUACACGACAACCCAGCUUUGUGUGAUGCAUUAGAAAAUUGUGAUGAGUUUUAUCCCAUUUUUAUCUUUGAUGGGGAAGUUGCAGGGACGAAAUUCUCUGGAUUUAACAGAAUGCGCUUUUUACAUGAAAGCCUUGAAGAUCUGGACAAUACUUUUAAAAAGAAUGGAGGCCGAUUAUAUACAUUUCAAGGAAAGGCAAAAGAUGUGUUGAAAGGAUUGUUUCAAGAGUGGAAUGUGACACGCUUGACAUACGAAGCAGAGGUGGAGCCAAUCUGGGAGGAUAGGGACAUGGAGGUUGAGGAAUUGUGUCAGGAAAAGGGGAUAGAACUCAUCUCUAGGAUAUCUCAUACCCUGUGGAAUCCCUCCGAUAUCAUAAACAAUAAUGGAGGCACUCCACCAGUCACCUACAACCAUUUUGAGCUGACCACCUCCUUGCUUGGUCCCCCUGACCGUCCUGUCCCUGUUCCUAAACUGAGCAAGGUCAAUAUGCUGGUGUAUGAUAACUUCGACGAGAAGUUUGCUCUACCCAGCGUCAAAGAACUAGGAUAUGAACCUGAGUGUAAGGAGCAGACUGAGCGCAUCAAUAACUGGCUGGGUGGAGAGACUAAGGCCCUGCAGCUGCUGGAGGAGCGACUCAAGAAUGAAAGGGAGCCUAUUAUUGAUGGCAUCAUGCUGCCCAAUCAGUUCUUGCCGGAUCUAGUCAGUCCCCCGACCAGUAUGAGCCCUCAUCUACGGUUUGGCUGUGUGUCUGUCCGGACUUUCUACUGGGGUAUACAUGACCUUUACAAGGAGAUCCAUGGUGACAAGAAAGUGCCUGUGUCACUGACUGGCCAGCUAGUGUGGCGAGAGUACUUCUAUACCAUGUCAGUUAACAACCUGAACUACGACAAGAUGAAGGCAAACCCAAUCUGCCUGGACAUUGGCUGGGAUGAGGAAAACGAAAAACUGCAAUCAUGGGUCAUGGGUAAAACAGGAUAUCCGUGGAUAGAUGCAGGAAUGAAUCAGCUUAGGACAGAGGGCUGGUGUCACCAUGUGGUCCGUCAUGCUGUGUCCUGCUUCCUCACCCGCGGUGACCUCUGGAUUAGCUGGGAGCUGGGCUGCAAGGUGUUUUUUAAGUACCAGCUUGAUGCUGAUUGGUCAGUUUGUGCUGGUAACUGGAUGUGGAUGUCAAGCUCAGCGUUUGAGAAAGUGUUGCAGUGCUCUACAUGUUUCUGUCCUGUAGGGUACGGCAGACGCAUGGAUCCAAAGGGACUGUAUGUGAGACGAUACGUACCUGUUUUGAAGGACAUGCCAUUACAGUACUUGUUUGAACCGUGGAAGGCUCCCUAUCACAUACAGGAAAAGGCUAAGUGUAUCAUUGGAAAAGACUAUCCACGACCGAUUGUGGAUCACAAGGUAGCCUCCAAGUACUGCCGCAACAAGAUGAUGGAAGUUCACAGACGACUUGCUACCUCGAGUCCUAUUCCCCACUGUGCUCCAUCAAAUUCCAAGGAAGCAAGUCUGUUCUGCUGGUUACCAGAAUUGGAGGUUUCGUCGCUGUGUAAUCAUACAGAACACUUGGUGCCAGAGCAGAAAUCUCGUACAUAAGUGUCAUAAAGGCGCGAGACCCAGGGCCUGUUCGUUUAUGCAGAUCAAUUGGUUUGAUCAUUUUAAAAUAUAACAUUUUCGGGUAUAAAUCCUGGCAGACUAUAGCAAAUGUUUAUGCAGGCCUUGCAAGGCUUUGUCAAGGCUUGUCUUAAAGCAGCAUCAGAUUACUAGGUCUGACCUUAUUUAAUAAACGAACGACUGUGGUCCAACCGGUUCAUCUGUUUAAAACGAAAACGGCCCCAUUCAUCUGUAGUGUCAAUAACUCGGACCCAAUUAUCACUGUUGUGCCAAUUCCCUUUGUUGUGUGUAUGUGAUUACUGAAUGUGUUCAAGGACUAAAUUUCAGUGUAGGAGUUUCCGACCCAAUUAUCACUGUUGUGGCAAUUCCCUUUGUUGUGUGUAUGUGAUUACUGAAUGUGUUCAAGUACUAAAUUUCAGUGUAGGAAAUUCUGACCCAAUCAUUGCCGGUGUGCCAAAUGUUGUGCUAUUGUGUGUACGCCAUCUUUUGUUUGAAUGUAAAAAUGUUUCUUUUAGGAGCUUUAUCAGAGCACAAAAUACUGUAGAUUGUUUUAUGAUGGAGACUAUCAAUCAGUGCCGUAAACUUAUCUUGUUUUGCAUUUAUUUUAUUAACAUUUGAUAGCGGACAGAUUUCCUACAAGGUUACAUUUUACCAUAACCAUGCAUCGAAAACACUUCAAGGAUCCAGUAAUGGUAAAAUAGGGAGUGGGCUUCUUUCCAGGUGUGGGCAUUAUAAAUAGUAAUAACGGUUGUUAGAACUAAGCAUUAUUAGUUUAUUUCUACAUUUUAUUAGGUCACCUGAGCUUUAGCUUCUCUUCCCCCAGAAAAAAAAAUAACUAGGGGGGAAAG